GCACGAGCGUUUGUGCGUGAGUGAAGUCCUCGCCUGAGCCAGCAUGACCGGCAGGGUGCUUGACCGCAACUGCAACCUCAUCCUGAAGGUUGUGGACGAGCGCAUGUGGGAUCUGUUCAGGAGCCACUGGCAGCACACGCUCACCUACUGGAGUGGGUUCUUCAGCUUUGGCCUGUGCCUGGCCCUGCUGGGCCCUACCGUGCUGGACCUGCGCUGCCAGACCCAGGCCACCCUGCAGGGCAUCACCCUGGUCUUCUUCGCCCAGCAGUUCUGUCUCUUCGUGGGCAGCACUGUUGGUGGCUUCUUCAGCAAGUCGUUUGCUUGCUCGUUGUCAUCUCUUGCCGUGUCCACAUUCGUCAUCUCCGUGGUGUUCGCCUUCAUCCCCAUUUGCAGGAAUUUGCCGAUGCUUGCCAUCGCCAUGGCUAUAACGGGACUCGCCAUGGGCGUCAUCGAUACCAUUUCCAACCUGCAGUUGGUGAAGAUCUACCAGAAAGACUCCACUGUCUUUCUUCAGGUUCUCCACUUCUUUGUAGGUCUCGGGGCACUGUUGAGUCCCCUCAUCGCCGACCCUUUUCUUUCUGACACCGACUGCGUGUUAGGAAACGGCACCAGCAAUUCCACAUCAAUGAUGAGACACAUGAGGAACAAACUAGCCGGCAGACACGUGUACAAUGUGUCUCACUUCGAGUUCCACACUGAGGGUGAAGUGGUCACCAACGUCUCCUAUGCCUUCUGGAUCAUGGCGCUCAUCAAUCUGCCUGUGCCCAUCGCUGUGUUAGUCCUGAUGUAUCGGGAGCGGGUGGUGACAUGCUGUUCCGAACACAGCCCCCGUCUCCUGGAUGGGGACGUGCACAUGCGCACAAUCAAGAUGCCGAGAGGGUCUGAGCAGUUGGACGUGACCUCACAGGAGCAUCCUGAAUCCACAGGCCACAGAAACAUGAGGAACUGCUGUCAGCUCAACAGACUGAAUGAACUUCCCUUGUCCUUCUUUGGGCUCCAUAUUUUUGGAGGGAUGGUGCUUUUCUUUUCAGAUGGCAUAGUGGGGUCAUACACAGGCUUUGUUUACACGUAUGCUGUGGCUCCACCAAUGAAUCUGCCACACAAGACGGCCGGAUACCUGACCAGCGUUUUCUGGGCGUCCAUCACGGUGGGGCGUCUGGCCUCUAUACCCCUGUCUUACCGUAUUAAACCUGUUCGCCUGCUCAUGUUCAACCAGGUUGGUGUGAUAGUCACCCUGUUCCUUCUGCUCAUCCUCUACAUGAGCAGUGUGUUCCUGUUCAUCGGCACCUGCUUUCUGGGUCUCUUUAUCAGCAGUAUCUACCCCUGCAUGCUGGCUUUCACCGAAGACAUCCUGGACUACAAAGGUUGCGCCACUACGGUACUCGUGACCUGUGCUGGGAUGGGGGAGAUGCUUCUGCAGCUGCUCGUAGGAUCGGUCAUCAAUUCAUACGGCAGCUAUAGCUUCUUGCUGUGUGGCAUGAUCUUCGGCUGUAUGGGCUUCACGAUCUUUCUGGUGCUGCUCUUAGUGCAGCACGUACACAAAAAUGACAGGACAGCAGCCACCAAUACAGCCUCUCUAGCUGAGAAGCCGGAAGCUAACGGGGUCAGUCACUAAUGGCAACACGGUGUUGAAGAUGGACCAAAGGAAGCAAAAUCAAACAAACCUUGGCGGCUGUGGUCGGAGACGACGCGGAGUGAGGAGGAAAGCAGGUGGGACUGUGAUUGGAGUCGCUUGUUGGAGGGACCUGCGAGGAGACGGUGCUCAAAGCCAAAGAUAUCAAAAUGACCAAAUGCCAGGAAAUCAUACAGCACUGUGGAAAAGUCAGAGCUCCCUUUUAUUUAUUAAAUCGCCAGUCAAAAUGGUCAAGAAGCACAAGGCUGGGGUAUUUUUCAAAGUUCAGUCUCGGAAGUUGGUUGCAUUUUCUAUGCAUCAUGACCCAAGUAACCCAAACACAGUGAUGUUGAGGUCUGGACUCUGAGGUGGCCAGUCCAUUGUUCCGAGAACAUCAGCAGCUUAUUUACUUGAUUUGCACGUUGUUGUCUUCUCCCAGUGGAAGGAUGGACAGAAACACCUGUGGAUGUUUUCAGAUCUGAAGCAUCUUGAUCUUCUCCUCUCUCUCAGAGAUCAAAGCUUUAAGGACCUGUAGGUCUUGCAUGGUUGUUCAGAGUCCCACUUUCUAUUCUUCCAUGUUUUAAUAAUUUUUCGAACUUCAGUUUUGGAAGAUUCCUGUUACUUUACUUUGACCUUCCCUUUCCUUAUGCAAGAGGAUCUAGUUCUGUGUAAUAUCCUCAGAAAUAUCACCUAGAAAACGAAUAAUGAACUUAAUGGCCAUUUUGACCGGGAAUUAAAUAAACGAAGAAGGGGUGGUCUCCGGCUUUUGCACAGUGCUCUGCAUACGAAGAGAUCAAAAAUAAUUCCACACUGAUUGUGCAUAAAGGAGCUAAACAUGAGCUCGAGUCUGCCUGGAGUUUUUACAUCCACAUUCUGCCACUGAUGGUGAUGGUGAUGGUAAGUGAGGUCAGAACACAGCGAGUGUGUAUUUCAGCCUGCAUGAUCACCUUCGUCUGUUUGGACAGCGGAUUCAUUCACUCAAAGCACAAAACACUGCCAUGUUAAUCCUGUGUUCCAUACACGAGCUGGGCUGGCCAGGACCUGCUCUGAGUGAACUUACCUGCACUCAGUAUAUCCGCACUCAAAUAACGUCGCGGUUAACGCUGCUCAUCUGUACGAAGCUCUAAAUGAUCAUUAAAAGGAGUUUAAAUUGAAAAA